CAGUUCCCCUCCUGUCCGAUGGGGGCGCUGCAGACACGCUGAGCGUACUCUAACCGUCAGCCAUCUGCCGCAGUCAGUUAGCUCCUCCAGAGGGAAUGGAAAAUGGAGGACUGACCUGAAGAACGAGGGAAUAUCAUCGGUAUUUCUAGCCUUUAGAUCCUUUGACCUUGUACCAAGACAGAUGACUACUGAUGCAAGGCUUUUGCUUUGUUUGAAGAACUCUGUUAAUCAUCACUACUGAACUGCAGACAUUCUGUUUGAACGUAGUGAUUGUCUCGAUCAUCUAUGGAGGAGAAUGCGAGCCCUGAGCUUUGUGUAGCUCCUGAAACAGAGCAGAGCCAGGACAGUAUGGAUAGCUGCUCUCAAGGAUUUGUUGAAGGGAAUAGAUCGCAGAAAGAACCGCUUCACACCGAGAGCGAGAAUGUGGCCAAAGAGACGAUAGAGGAGCCAGAGAACUCUUCCCUGGCCAACAGUGACUUAAAGAAGACCUGGUCUUUCCGCCGGUCCACUGUUGCAAAAAGAGAUAUGCCAGUGGAGGCAGUAACCGACUGUCCUGUACGGCGCAGCGGCAGGCAGCCUAAGCGCACUGACAAACUAGAGGAAUUCCUAUCGACCGCCAAAAGAGGGACAAGAAGGAGCGCCCCUCUUAGUCUGGAGAGUGGAGAUCCUCCUUCCCAAACCCCAACUGAUGCAGAGACUGCCUCAGAGGCCAGCUUCGAUGGAAAUGCUGACACCAAGGCUGCAGAGGACAAGACAGAGUCCCCCGAGAGGAAGACGAGAAGCAGCACAAGGAAGCAGCCCCAACGGAAAAGUCAAGGCGGCAGACAGACUCGAGGAGGCGGUGGAGUGACAGUCAAAGAUGAGGGGAGCUCUGAGAAUGAUGAAGACAGCAGAGACGCUGCCAAGAAAGACCAGCUACAGGAUAAAGACGAAGAGAAAAAAGACGGAGAAAGUAAUCCCAGUCCUGAAGAUGUAGAGGGCACUAAUGCAGCACAGCCUCAGCUAGAGCAGGACUCUGGGGAGAAGGAGGUUGUCGAGGAGGAGCACCAACAUGGAGAUGAAAACGACAAAGAGGAAACGGAGAAGGACUCGGACAAAGAGACUGACGAGGAGAGCACCGGCAAGCCUGCAUCGAUGACUGUCAAACGUGGACCCAUAAGAACAUACAUCAAUAAAAAGAGGGCAGCCACUAAGAGCACCACCCCUGUUAAAGGUCCCGCCCCCGCCAACAAGAUCACCACUCCUGUCAAGAGGGAGACGAAGCCGAACGCCACCCAACCUUCUGGAAUAAUGCGCAACCCACAAGGCGACAACGAAGAUGAGAAUGACUCUUCGAUGUCUUCAUCUUCCUCUUCCACGUCGUCUUCCAUGGAUUCAGAUGAGGGAGGUUAUGACCCCAAUGCACUUUAUUGCAUCUGUCGCCAGAAACACAACAAAAGGUUCAUGAUCUGCUGUGACCGCUGUGAGGAGUGGUUCCAUGGAGACUGUGUGGGCAUCACUGAGGCCCGCGGGCGCCUGAUGGAGAGAAAUGGGGAAGACUACAUUUGCCCCAACUGCACCGCUAAGAAACAGCAGCUGGUCCGACCCGCCACUUCUAUGCUCUCCUCUAACAUAGAUCUGGGGAAGGCCAGAGCGCAGACUCUCUUAUUUUCCGCUGCAACCUUUGGGCUAGACUCCAGUAUGUUAGGUGUUCAGUUGGGGGCGGCACUUCCACCCUCCACCAUUGGAGCUGAAGAGAGGGGAUCAGAGGACCAGGGCAUCAAAGGCAGGAUAGAAAAAGCCACUAAUCCAACUGGGAAGAAGAAGAUUAAGAUCUUUCAGCCGCAGGCCGCACAGCAGCCAACCCAACCAAAAGCAGUCCAGAAAGCCGCACCAGCUGUGGAGAAGAAGGCCGAGCCGAAAGCACAACCAGAGGCGGAGCAGAAAGUGGUGUCAAACGUAGAGGUGAACACAACACCAACAGGGGGGGGGGCAGAGGAGAGGCCCGGGUCGGAGGAGAAGCCCGGGCUGGAGGAGAGGCCCGGGCUGGAGGAGAAGCCCGGGCCGGAGGAGAAGCCCGGGCCGGAGGAGAGGCCCGGGCCGGAAGAGAGGCCCGGGCCGGAGGAGAAGCCCGGGUCGGAGGAGAAGCCCGGGUCGGAGGAGAAGCCCGGGCCGGAGGAGACGCCCCCAGAGGAGACGCCCCCAGAGGAGAAGCCCCCAGAGGAGACGCCCGGGCCGAAAGCUGCGGACGAGUCUUCCCUUCCCAAAUGCAUCGGGCCGGGCUGUGAGAAUAACGCUCAGCAGGACUCUGUGUACUGUGGUAAUGACUGCAUCCUGAGACAUGCCGCUGCAGCCAUGAAGUCCAUCACUGACGUCAAGGAGCCCAAGCAGAAGGUCAAGGCCGCGGAAAAGAAAACCAAGGCUGCACCAAAGAAGAGCGCCGCUGGUGGCAAGAGGAAACAAAAGGAAGCAGAGGAGGACUCGGACAGCGACGGAGACUACAGCUCGGAGCUAGAUGAUGAUGAGGAGGAGGAUGACGAUGAUGAUGACGAGGAGGAUGACGACGAAGAGGAGGAGGAGGAAGAGAACGCUGAGGAACAACCGCCCCCGCCAGCCACUGCAUCCUGGUCCAGCGACCAUAAUUACAUUGCAGUAACACCAGAAAAGACUACACCCAUAUCACCAACAGUUUUAAACAAAAAGUCCCCCCCUAAGGAAGAGAAGCAGAGUGAGAAGGAACCUGCUCAAGCAAAAGCCCCUUCUCCUACUAAAGGGAACAAGAAGUCCACGGCGACUAAAGCAACCAAGGUUUCCCCAAAGGGCAGGAAGCCUCAGACCACCACCUCGAAGGCGUCAAAGAAACCUGCGACACCCCUGAGUAAAACUGCAGCAAAGUCCAAGAAACCCGGUCCGACACCCGUCCAAAACAAGUCUCGCUUUCCUCAGGGUCCGAUCCACGCCACAGGAGCGCUGAGAGUCACCAAGUCCAACUUUACCAUUCCUAAGAAGCAGCCCCCACAAAAGGAACCUCCAUCCUCUUCGUCUUCCAGAGUCCCAUCAACUCCACCCUCUUCAGCUCCCUCCAGCCACUCCAGACCUCCACAUCCAGCUCCUUCUGCGCCCACUGUGUCCCCCGUGCGGCCCCCACCAAACAACCAGAUGAGAACAAACAUCCGGCGCUCGCUGACUGACAUCAUCUUUAAGAGGGUGAGCGACAGUGACGACCUGAAUAUGAAUGAGCCUGAAGUGUCAAAGCUGUCGGUUGCCAUUGAAAAGGAAAUGUUCAACCUCUGCCUUAGCACUGACAGCAAGUACAAGAACAAAUACAGGUCCCUCAUGUUCAACCUGAAAGAUCCCAAAAACAAAGGCUUGUUCUACAGAGUGGUGGGUCGUGAGGUCAGUCCCUACAGGCUGGUGAGACUGAGCGCUGAAGAGCUGCUUUCCAAAGAGAUAUCUGAGUGGAAGAAGCCUGAUACUGCUGAGGCCCACUCUCCCGGUGCAAGGGCCCAUUCAGGGCACUCUAAACUGGGCAACAGGCAUGACUCUCAUAGCAUGGAUAUGGAUGACGCUCCACCAACAUCUGAUGGAGAUGUAUGUAUCUCUGCCAACACUUCAUCUUCUCGCAUGGCCGCUGCUGCAGACCAAGAUGAGUCGAUGCCCACUCCUCCAGCCUCGGCUCAGCCCUCUGCUGCGGAGGGCAACAGUAGCGGCAGCAUGCCAGACAUUUUCAGUACAAUGCUCAAGGACACUACUUCUGAACACAGGACUCAUCUGUUCGACCUCAACUGUCUGAUAUGCACAGGUCAGAGGUCAGAAGAUGAGCCUGCAGCUAAGAAAGCCAAACUGACCAAGAAGCCUGACACUAAGCCUCUGAGACACGAGCAGCCCUCCUCCAGGUCGGGGGACGUGUCUCCUGUCCAAGUCCCUCCAUCCUACCAGCCGACUGUGGAGCCAGCUGUCCCAGAGCCACAGCCACAGUUGGACCUCAGUAUGCUGGCUCCUCUGGCCCAGGCCCCCACACCCAUCGCCCCCAUCGUGUCCUGUGUCAGCAUCACCCGCAGAGACCCCCGCAUGGCCAGGCACAGCGCCGCGGUGACUGUCACCUACCCGGCUGCAGAGAGACUCCCCAACAGCUCAGCAGAAGCCCUCCCAGCUCCCCUCAGCGCUCCAGCGGAUGUCGCACCCAAAGCUCCGCUGCCGAUGCCCCCGGCUCCCCCCCCUUCAGUGGCUGCCUUCAAACCAGGGAAAACAAGUUCAUCCGAGACCCCUCCUGAGGGCGAGACGGCGAUCUUCCUCCACGGUCAAGAGAAGAUCUGGAAAGGACUAAUCAACAUGCAGUCUGUGGCCAAGUUUGUGACCAAGGCUUAUCUGGUGUCAGGAUCCUUUGAAUACCUGAAGGAGGAUUUGCCAGACACCAUUCACAUUGGAGGACGGAUAUCUCCAAGCACAGUGUGGGACUACGUUGGAAAACUGAAAACCUCACUCUCAAAGGAACUAUGUUUGAUCCGUUUCCACCCGGCCACAGAGGAGGAGGAAGUGGCAUACGUCUCUCUCUUCUCCUACUUCAGCAGCAGGAAACGAUUUGGUGUGGUGGCUAACAACAACCGACGUAUCAAAGACCUCUAUCUCAUCCCUCUGAGCUCAAAGGACCCAUUACCCUCCAAACUCUUACCGUUUGAUGGGCCAGGGCUUGAACCUGCUCGUCCUAACCUCCUCUUGGGUCUGCUGAUCUGCCAAAAGGACAAAAAGCGAGCUGGUGGUCCGUUAGAAACUGAGGAAAAACGAUCAAAGAUUCAAAACAGAGAUACUGAUGACACUGGCCUUCCAAAAAUAUCUUCUUCAGUCAGAGGGGACAGAAGCUCGCGACAGAGUCUGGAAAUCCCCUUCAGCACCACUCCUCCAGGGUCACCUCCUUCUAACUCUUCUGAGACCUCCAGCAGCACCACAGCCACCUCCUCUGUCUUUUCUCUUUUGUCCUCUUUCAAAGCUACAUCCACUGUCACCGGCAAGGAGUCACCAUCCUCAUCCAGCUCUGUUGCUUCCUCUGCUGCUACGCCUCUUCAAACGAUCCUCAACACUCUUUUUGGGAAGAAAAAGCACGACUCAGAAGCUUCCAACUCUCCGUCUGAUAACAGUGGGGAACUCACCAUCCCGUCCGCCUCAAUGCUUGACCCCAUUGUGCAGCAGUUUGCACAGAGUUCUAAAGAGAAACAGGUGGAGGAGGACGAAGAUGACCGACCGUACGAUCCAGAAGAAGAGUAUGACCCCAGUAUGGGCUACAAUGUGCCUAAGAAGUCUGUGGAGAUGGAAAUCAAACCUAAAAUCUCUAAGCAGCCUGAGGUGGUUGCAAAUGAAGCUGAUGAUGUAGCUUACGAUCCAGAGGAUGACUCAAUUUUUGAAGAUGUCAAACCUGUUGUACCAGUUCAAGUUAAGGUUGAGUCUCUUACUGAUGCACAAAAGAUCUUGGAGAGCCUAAAACAGAUUGGGGAUCAAGCAUUCCAGAAACAGGGAGAGCACCAAAAAUUCUCUACGGUGACACCUGAUGUUUCAUUGACACUUCCAGACACAUUCUUAACCACACCUGUAACAUCCCUUUUGGCCAAUUCUCAGCUACUGCAGCUUGGCAAAAAGGUUGAGGAACUAAUAAAGUCUACAUCAGUUGCUCCCUUGAUCAACCAAAGGAGAGAUCCCCGACAGAGCAGGGAUCCUCGCCAGGCUGCAGACGACAACAAACCGACUGAAGAACCUGAGGAACAAGAAGAACCAUCUGCUCCGGUGGUGGAUUCUACAGCUGUUUCACAACCUGUGGUUCAAGAGGCUAAUCUGGAUAAAGUUACUGAACUCCCAGACUCCUCAGAAGCCCAAGAGACAACGCUGCCUCUUGAGGAAGUGAAAAGCGAGACGCUACCCUUCCUAACGUCAGACGAAACAGAGGUAGCAAUUCCAUUAUUAGGAGAGGACGUGGACCCUGAUAUGGAAGUCAACUAUAUGGAUGAGCCAGAAGUCAAAACUGUGGAAGCUGAGCCAAUCAAGCCAGAAACAGAAUUGGACAAGUACAGUAUUUGGCCAAAUGCUGCCAGUAUCUUAAAAGCUAAUGAAGAAUCAGAUUAUGAUGAUAAUAGCCAAGAUGUGCCAUCCAGAAGUUAUUAUAACGAGCAUGCAAACGCAUCCCAAAGACCUUCCACAAUCCCAGUACUCACUCAGAGCACAAAAAUGGUCGACACUCCACACUCGCUUGAGCACCAUCACAUGCCGCAUCACAGGUCAGGCUUCGAUAGAGAGUACAGACCUCCAGCUGACAUCCCCCCCCCAUCAAACUUCCCCCAGCACCAUCCGAUGCAGGGACAAAAUAUGGUUUUAAGGCCUCCUCCGAUGUCAAUACGACCACACAUGCAAGGCCACCCUCCAGUGUCAGGCCACCCUCCAGUGUCAGGCCACCCUCCUAUGCAGAGACCCCCUCCACCCAUGCAUGUUCAUCCCCCUGUCCGUGGUCCUCCCCCUAUGCAGGGUGAUAACAGCCAACAAUAUGGUCCACGUCCAACUGCAUACCCUCCUUAUCAGAACCAGUGGCAAGGCUCCCAGCCGCAGCAGCUUCCUUCUGUACCACCUCCCCAUAAUAUCAUGCCCCUCCGAGGACCACCACCACCACAAUUUCUUCCAAUGGCCCAGAGAGGCCCUGCUCCCCAAAUGUUUAAUCCCUCCAUUCCCCCCCAGCACAUUGUACAGCAAGGUCUCCCUCCAGGCCUGCCCCCACCUCCUACUUUUGAUGGACAGAAUCUUCCACCAAGAUUUGGGGGUCCCCCACCUUCACCAUUUAACUUCCCUGCAAACAGAGGUCCUCCUCCACCUUUCGCUGUGCCACCCCAUAGUCACUUUGAAAACAGACUCCCUCCUCCGUCCCACUUUCAAGGGCCCAGGGGUCCCCCGCCACCUCAGUAUGGUGAUCAACGGGCUCAACCCGCAAUAGGGGACCAACCUCGAGGCCCUGCAGAACAUUAUAACAGAGAAAACCCUAACUCUUUCAAACCAAACGUGGAGCAGAAUCCAAACCCUCUACAUAUUUAUAAAGACGGUCAGGGUCCCCCGCCAGGUCCAGCCUACCGGGGUCCGCCACAUAAUCAGUAUGAGGACAGAAGAGGUCCACCCUCCAUUGGCGAGGUAAGCGGACAGCACUUAAAUCCUCAUAACCAGUACGAGAGCUCCAGACCCCUCUCUUCACCUCCACGUCGAGGAUCUUUUGAUGAGCACCGGGGUCCCCCCCCUCAGGAGAAUAGACCCCAUCCCUCUGAGCGUUUUGGAGGAUCCGAGCGAUACCGCUUGGACAGGCACUCUGAUGAACCUAGACCUAUCCGUCACUCUGGGCCUCUACUGCCAACUCCUCCAGAGGCUCCCAUUGGUCCUCCGAGUCGCAUGGGAGCUCACAGUCCAGACUUGCACCAGGACGACCCCUGGAGGCGACACUCUCCUGAAAUGAGGAGGAAGAGCAGCUCCACCCGAGAGGACUCAGAACCUCGCAUCGGAGAGCGCUUCAGUCGCUUCGAAGGAGGGCACAGAGAACCUGCUCCUGGUCCCUUACAACCCUCUGAAGAGAGACAGGGGGAGCAGUCCGAGGACCGCCGGAGGGAAAGAGAACGGGAUGUCCCACACCCAGGCAGGCCCUUAUGGGACAGGGGCCAGGACAGGCGGUGGAGCAGAGAGCCGGAGUGGGAUAGAGCCAGAGAAAGGGACCAUGAUCCAGAGCGUAACCGGGAAAGAGAACGCGAUCCCGAGCAUCCCCGGGAAAGAGAACGCGAUCCCGAGCAUCCCCGGGAAAGAGAACGCGAUCCCGAGCAUCCCCGGGAAAGAGAACGCGAUCCCGAGCAUCCCCGGGAAAGAGAACGCGAUCCCGAGCAUCCCCGGGAAAGAGAACGCGAUCCCGAGCGUAUCCGGGAAAGAGAACGCGACCCGGAGCGUACCAGAGAAAGAGAACGCGAUCCUGAUCGUACCAGAGAAAGAGAACGGGAUCCGGAUCGCACCAGAGAAAGAGAACGGGAUCCGGAUCGUACCAGAGAAAGGGAACGAGAUCCUGAUCGUACCAGAGAAAGGGAACGAGAUCCUGAUCGUACCAGAGAAAGGGAACGCGAUCCUGAUCGUACCAGAGAAAGGGAACGCGAUCCUGAUCGUACCAGGGAAAGAGAUGUUGAUCCGGAGCGCAACAGAGAAAGGGAUCACGAUACGGAGCGUCCUCGAGAACGGGAUCCGGAACGUACCAGAGAAAGGGAUCCGGAGCGUCCCCGAGAAAGAGAUCAUGAUCUGGAGCGCAGCCGUGAAAAAGAACGGGAUCCGGAGCGUCCCCGAGAAAGAGAUCAUGAUCUGGAGCGCAGCCGUGAAAAAGAACGGGAUCCGGAGCGUCCCCGAGAAAGAGAUCAUGAUCUGGAGCGCAGCCGUGAAAAAGAACGGGAUCCGGAGCGUCCCCGAGAAAGAGAUCAUGAUCUGGAGCGCAGCCGUGAAAAAGAACGGGAUCUGGAGCGCAGCCGUGAAAAAGAACGGGAUCCGGAGCGUCCCCGAGAAAGAGAUCAUGAUCUGGAGCGCAGCCGUGAAAAAGAACGGGAUCCGGAGCGUACUCGGGAAAGAGAGCGCAGCAGAGGGAAGGAGGGCGAGAAGGCCAGGGAGACGGAGGUGGAGCGACACAGGGAUCAAGACACAGACAAGAGAAGAGACCGGGAAAGAGACAGAGCCAGGGAUUCUGACAGGAGGGACCACGACCGCGAUAGAGGGAGAAACCGAGAACGAGAGCGCGAGCGCGAUCGAGAGCGGGACAAAAAACGGGAUAGAUCCCGUAGCAAGGAAAGAGACCGGGACAGAGACCGUGGGAAAGACCGAGUCAGAGAGAAGGAGAGAGACAGAGAGAGGGACAAAGACAGGGAUCGUCGGGACAGGAGCAGAAGCCGAGAUAAAAGAGAGGAAAAAAAGGACAGUAAACACGAUACACCUAAGGAGAAGGACAAAACUGCAGAAAAUGACAAGAACGUGUCCUAGUCAGUUUUAAGGACACUACACGAAAGAGAGUUCAAUCUUUCACCGGUUGAAAAAGAGUUGUAUCACUGUAAAUGUAGAUGAGCAGUAUUUCUUGAAAUGUCCAGUUGUAUUCAUACUAGAAAGUUUGACAAUGUUUGUAUUAUUUUUGUCACUUAAAGGUUUCUAACUUGUUUUACCACAUUUGAAAAACAAAAAACUGAAGGACAUUUUUGUUGCUUGUGUACAAGAUGUUUAACGUGGGCAACAGAGUCCUAUUACACAUACCUUUCUCCUUUCCAAGCAGUUCUUUUUUUUUAAGGAAACAAUAAUGUAACACACCAUUUGCAAUAUGUAAAUAUGAAUGUAUUUGUGUAUAUACUGAUGUUUUUAAUCAUACUUUUCUAAGUAGUGAGAAAUGAAAGCCAUAUAUCUGAGAUGGAUAAUGUGAAAGUAAAGGAAACACUGUUUACAGGCAAAUGUGUGUUUAAUGUCUAGCCCCAAUGAAGCGAAAGGCUCCAACUAUCUACAAUAUUCAUCCCAUCUAUGGUUGUAAAUGAUAUGUCCUGAUUUUGUUUCAGCUCAACCAAUUAAACCUGUUUGAUGACAUCUUC